CUUGAUAGGCAUCUCACCACGUCUCAGUGAGUUGUAGGCGGCUAAACCUCCCCCGCCUGUUAGCUAGAAGCAUCCCACAAAAACAUUCUUGUUCUGCUGGUUAGAAACGCGGACCUGCUGUGAAAAGCGCCAACAAUGUAAUCCUUUAGUCGUUUUAAGCCUGCUAAUGAUGAACUCCAUGUCAUCAGCCCUGCAGUCGGCUUCAAGCCCAGCAUGCAGAGCUCUGCCCGGGGAGGGAAGUCAGGUCCAGCCCAAGGCUCCCCUCCUGCAGAUUCUUCGGGUGGCUGGAGCUCAGGAGGAGGUUUUCACUCUGAAGGAGGUAAUGCACUACCUUGGCCAGUACAUCAUUGUGAAGGAAUUGUAUGACAAGCAGAGGCAGCACAUAGUCCACUGUCAAGAUGAUCCGCUUGGGGAGCUGCUGGAAGUGGAAAGCUUUUCUGUCAAAAGCCCCAGCCCUGUCUAUGAGAUGCUGAAGAGGAACUUACUCAUUUUGAAUGGCUCAGACGCGGCAAAGAAUGUUUCAGUCGGCAAGGAUUCUAAUCAGUCUCCAUGUGAAGAUCCCGGGCAGGUGUCCAGCAAGAUGUGUAGUUCUGGAACAUCCUUCAGUGAUGCCAGUGCCUGUGCCAUGCAGAAUUCCUCUCAGAGAAGACCAAGAGAUGAAGAUGACGACUCAUUAGAUGGGAUGCCCAGAUCAGCCUGUAAGCGGCCAAAGCUGGAUGUGAGUCUUGACGAAUGGGACCUGUCCGGCCUGCCCUGGUGGUUUCUGGGUAACCUGCGCAGUAAUUACACUCGCAGGAGCAAUGGCUCCACAGACAUCCACACAAAUCAACUCUCUUGUGGACAGGAAGAGGACACUGCUGUUGUGUCAGACACCACGGAUGACCUGUGGUUUCUGAAUGAGGCAGAGAGUGAGCAGGUUAGUGUGGAGAUGAAAGAGGCAACACUUGAACAGGGCAGUGACUCCGAGUCCCCUCAGGAGGAAGAAGAGCAAGGGAGGGACAGUAAAGAGGAUAAGGAGAUGCAGGAGGAGCUGGAUGAUGACUCGCAGUGUCUCAGUGAUGAUACAGACACCGAAAUCUCCACGCAGGAUGCCUGGCAGUGCUCAGAGUGCCGCAAGUUUAACUCGGCCACACAGCGCUACUGCAUGCGUUGCUGGGCGCUGCGCAAGGACUGGUACAAGGACUGUACGCGCCUAGCACACUCUGUCUCAGUCCCCGAUCUCCCAGACUCCAAAGAUGAAAACGAGGAUGAGGAUGAUGGCAUUGAUGUGCCUGACUGCCCAAGAACCGUUUCAGACCCCGUCAUCCUGCCUUCACAUUGGGUGUCUCGUGAUUUACCUGCCUCGCCUGCAUCUGCAAAGGGGAAAGCCCCACGCCGGGUGCUUCAGAGUUCCCAGGAGAGCCAAGAAGGCCGUGAAGUCAUGCUAGAACCCUGCAGGCUAUGUCGUGUGCGCCCACGUGACGGCAACAUCAUUCACGGGCGCACGGCGCACAUGCUCACCUGCUUUCCCUGUGCACGCAAGCUACACAAGUGCCACGCGCCGUGCCCUGGCUGUGGCCAGAUCAUCCAGAAAGUCAUCAAGAUGUUUGUUGCCUGACAGCCGAAGAAAUGGUUUGUAUAUAAAAUACACGCAUAGAGUGUACAGAGGGCUCCAUAUCCUAUCAACCAAAUAGCAUGUAAAAAUACGCAUUCAAACAAAAACGCAAGAAUAUGGUAUACAAAGUUCUUCAUGUCUAACAACUAAUUAAGGGUUUGCAUGUAAAAUAUACAUAUUUAAGUUGUAGAUAGUGCCUCGUUGCAAUGUUGAAGGCAUAAAAUAAUGGGAGUGAACAAUGCAUAAUUUGUAAAUGGCUUAUUCCUUGAAAACUGCAGUGUGUAUAUAUAUAUAUAAUGUACUGAACAAGGUAGCUUCUGUCGUACAUGAAUAUAUUUGUGAAGCUGGUAAUUUCCAUGUAUUAUGGAAGGAGAUGUACAUAUUUCUAUUCAGGUGAAGGAGGAGGAAAGCAGCACAUAACAUGGUACUUCCUGAAACUGGUGGACUUACCACAGUACACAAAGAAAACCAGUUCCUGCAUUAAAAAAUACUUUUACAAGUAAUACUCCAUACUUAAAUACAGUAAAUACAUUUGCACAGAAGCUUGGCUCUUGUCACCAGGGUGUAAUAUAAUAAUUCACCAGGCAUUGGGUUUUAAGCUGAGAAUUGUAUAAAUUAUUUAUUUAUGAACAUAUUCUCCCCUUUUCGUGGGGUUGUCUUGUUGCCGUCUAGUUAGACCAGCUCUGCAUGUGAAUUGUGAUUGAACCACAGUUGUAUUCGUUUUACUUGUACUUAUUUUUCAUUUAUUGGUGGGUAUUUUGCAGAGAAAUUCCGAAAAAUUCUUUUUGGCUCACAGAGAGUAGCACUUUGUACAGAUUUCUAUAAAUAUUCUGAAUGUCUGUGAGCUUAAAAUACUGGUAUUAUAUAUAUAUGUGCAAAUAUAUAACAGCCUGUGCUCCACUGUCCUGAGAUGACUAGCGUGCAAAGCUUGAUGUUUCCUCAAAGUUUAGAUUUUUAGAUCAAACAGGCCAAGAGGUUUCAGUUCUGCUCCAGUGCUUGGUGAAAAAUCAAUUCCUUUGUGUCAUCACCCUCAUCUCAAGUUGGAGUCUUGGCCGAGUCUGAGCAUCACUGAAGUGUGAAAGUCGAGGAACAGAGAUUCUCUGGAGCUCCAUUAAGGCCUUCCUUUUCCUAUUACACGGUGCCUUUAUGUGUUCGUUCUUGUCCACUAUCUCUUGUAGCCUGUGUAGUGUGUAAAGAAAAAAGCCGGUGCAGAGGAAGCCGGUUCACUGGAUCUGAAUGACACUUGUUACAGAUUUUGCCAAAUGUUUUAGUUGAAGUUGUUGCUGUUUUCUUGAGGAAAAAAAAAUAGUUUUAGCACUUCUUUUCAUUGAAUUGCCACAGCACUUCUUCCUUAUCACAGACGAUUAGUUUCUAAAUGGUUUGUGCUGUAGCUUGUUUAUCCUUUGCUCACUUGACUUUGCUUUCUAUUAGCAGUAUAUAGGGGGGAAAAAAGCAUAAUUUGUGUGCUCUACCUGUUAAGAAUGCUUGAUUUUAUUGCUUAUCUAACAAGGCUUCAACUGCUAGAGAAUUUUUGCAUUCUUUAGUUUAUCUUGCCACCAGGGGGCGAUAGAUGAUUAUAAUUUUCUGUACAUGUAACUUUAAACAGAAUGCUUAUCACAUUUUCUUGUGGCUGUACAAGCACAUUUCCAUUAAGGAUCCUUGCACAUGAGAGAAUGCUGUAUUUUACUCAUUAUGCCACAUGGUAUUCAAGGUAAAACCUAUUUGAGCUGAAGUCACUGCCAUAAUUAUUGAAGUUUAUGUUUAUACAUUUUUUAAGUUUUGUUUGUUUCUAAACAUGAGUUCUGCUUCUGAACAUAUUUCUUGUUUAUGAGAAGCUUUUGUGUUUUAAGUUGAAUAAAUAGUGCAACUAAUUAAUAAACAA